AGCAAAUAACAGUAGCAACAUUGUAUAUCUCUUAAAUCGUGAAUAUCGUUUCAUCAUGGACAUUAGGUACAACUCGAUACGGAGCUUGUACAAUCACGUGACCAGAUGUGAUAUCAUGACUAUUGAAACACCUCAGUGCCUCGGCAAGUUUGGAUCCGAAUUCAUCAAACACUAAGUGAAAGAAUUACAACAAUGGCAAGCACAGCAAAGGCAGUGGCCUUCUCGCCGGCUCCUUAUCAUAUCAUCACCUAUGGAACGCUACUUGGAACGACUUUCUUCCAUACCUUCAUCAAUGGUAUCGUAAUGUUCAGGACGGUCGACCGUCCAAGCUUCUCUGCCAUCCAGCAGAAGCUCUUCCCCAUCUACUUCGGCCUCCAGACUGUCUUGCCCGGUGUUCUAGCUUUGACAUAUCCCGGAAACACCUUGAUUGGUCUGUCAAAUGGUCCUGCUGGUUUGGUAUCGGAGUUUGCCCGCUGGCACUCCCUGCUGCCUAUUAGCAUCAUGGCUUUGACCGGAGCUGUCAACCUGCUUGUCUUCCUGCCUUUGACAAUGGAGGUUAUGAAGCAGCGACGUGGCCAAGUCAAGCGAGAUGGCAAGGAGUGGUAUGCUGAGGGACCUCAAAGUGAUCAAAUGAAGGCUCUGAACAAGAAGUUUGGCAUGCUCCACGGCAUCUCAUCCUUGUUCAACCUCAUCACUUUUGCAGCAGCUGUUGGAUACGGCUUCACUCUUGGCGGUCGCGUGCUAUCUGUUGCGGACCUUGCUUAAAUAAUGUACUGAUGAAAAGAAAAUUCAGG